CCCAGUAACCCACCAGGCCACCACCUACCGCGCCGCCGCGUCAAACAACGGCGCGACGCCCCCUAUGGCCUUCACCUCUCAAUCCCUAAUCUUCCGGGCGCCCGCCUCCCUCACCGGCGACCGCCUCGCCGCCCUCUCCGGCUGUCGCGUCGCCCUCCGGGGCCGCAGCGCCGCUUUUCCUUCCGUCGCGGCCGCCUCCACUUCGGUGGCGAACUCGGAUGGCGACGAGAAGAAGGAGACGAAGCUUUGGGGCGGGCGCUUCGAGGAGGGCGUCACGGACGCCGUGGAGCGCUUCACGGAGUCCAUCUCCUACGACUGGCAGCUCUACAAGUACGACAUCAUGGGCAGCAAGGCUCACGCCUCCAUGCUCGCCUCCCAGGGUUUGAUAACUGCUGGCGAUAGGGAUAUCAUCUUAGAGGGGCUUGAUCAGAUUGAGAGGCUGAUUCAAGAAGGCAAGUUUGAGUGGAGAAAGGAUCGGGAGGAUGUGCAUAUGAACAUCGAAGCAGCUCUGAUUGAGAGGGUUGGUGAGCCAGCCAAGAAGCUGCACACUGCUAGGAGCCGCAAUGACCAAAUUGUGACAGACCUAAGGCUAUGGUGCCGUGAUGCUAUUGACAAGAUUUUGAUUCGUAUCAAGCAGCUUCAGGUGUCUUUGGUUUUGUUAGCUUCAAAAUACGUUGACUUGAUAGUUCCUGGUUAUACUCAUCUGCAAAGGGCACAGCCUGUUUUGCUGCCACAUCUUCUCUUAUCAUAUGUUGAACAGCUGGAGCGAGAUGCUGGUCGGCUGGUCAACUGCAGGGAGCGAGUGAAUUUCUGCCCUCUUGGUGCUUGUGCUUUGGCUGGAACUGGACUUCCCAUUGACAGGUUUCAGACCGCGAAAGAUUUGAAGUUUACAGCUCCAAUGAAGAACAGCAUUGAUGCAGUAUCAGACCGUGACUUUGUAUUGGAGUUUCUUGCUGCCAAUUCAAUCGCUGCUGUUCAUCUUUCUCGAAUUGGUGAAGAAUGGGUUCUUUGGGCAUCGGAGGAAUUUGGAUUCCUGACACCAAGUGAUAAAGUUUCAACAGGAAGCAGCAUUAUGCCACAGAAGAAAAAUCCGGAUCCAAUGGAGCUUGUUCGUGGGAAGUCUGCUAGGGUUGUUGGAGAUCUCAUGACUGUCCUAACCCUCUGUAAGGGCCUUCCACAGGCCUACAACCGUGAUCUCCAGGAAGACAAGGAACCUUUGUUUGAUAGUGUGAAGGCCAUAUUAGGAAUGCUUGAAGUUUGCACGGAGUUUGCUCAAAACAUUUCUUUUAAUUCAAAAAGAAUACAAAGUUCAUUGCCAGCUGGUUAUCUGGAUGCAACAACAUUAGCCGAUUAUCUUGUGAAGAAGGGAGUUCCAUUCAGAACUUCUCAUGAGAUAGUCGGAAGGUCUGUUGCUCUUUGCGUCUCCAAGAACUGUCAAUUAGCUGAACUUCAAUUGGAUGACCUAAAAGCUGUUCAUCCAGUGUUCGAGGCCGACGUGUACGAGUACUUGGGGGUUGAAAAUGCUGUAAACAAGUUCAUAUCUUAUGGCUCCACCGGUUCGAAUCAAGUAAAGAAGCAGCUCGAGGAUUGGCGCAUCCAGCUGGGAAUCAGCUCAUAAGGAUUGGUAUGAACCAAGAAUAAAGCGAGCAGAUCAUUGCUUGCAAUUUUUGAAUGUGUCUGAAUGUAAUGAACUUUGUUCCCUGCGUAACCGUGCCACCGCGUGGAACUGGAAUGAGUGAUGCUGUUGAGUUGGGCACCCUGAGUCUGCUCCAUGUACCAUUGCACCCAGCUUUGUUUUCUGAAGUGGGGUGUUUUGGUUCCA